AUGCCUUGGCUACCCUGGGGCUCAUCUUCGUCCUCGCAGCCUCCACCUCCCAAGCCUCAAACAACACAGGAGCGGGUUGACCAGUAUACCAAGCGGCUGCAGUCCCAAAUCGAAAGCCUCCAAGAACAAGACCCCCAGGCGAUCCUCACCUCCUUCAACGCUCAGCUCGCGCAGCUCCCCCCGUACCUCCUCCUCGCGCUCGGGGCAGCCCUCGGGCUGGGCACGCGCCGCGCGUACGUGCGGUACCUGAAGCGGCUCCCGAACGGCGAGUGGGUCACCCCGGACAUCACGCAGAGCAAGCGGUGGAUCAAGGGCUAUGUCACCAGUGUGGGCGACGCGGACAACUUCCGGCUGUACCACACCCCAGGGAUCGGCUGGCUGUCGCGGGCGAUACCCACUAAACGCAAGGAUCUGACAGACCAGACCCUGCAUAUCCGCAUUGCCGGCGUAGACGCCCCAGAGCUAGGUUUCUUCGGCAAGCCCACACAGCCGUUCGCGCAAGACAGCCUGCGGUGGCUGAAGGAGCAGAUAGAAGGCAAGACGCUGUAUUGCCAGCUCCUGCAGCGCGAUCAAUACAAGCGCAUCGUCGCCGCGCCGUACUUCAAACCGCGCAUCCUCCCAGGCUGGCUUGUGAAGGGCAAGUCGGUAGGCCUGGAGAUGGUGCGCCAUGGCUGGGCGGCCGCGUACAAGGAGGGGGGCGCCGUGUACGGCACCGAGGGGGAGGAGGAGUACUUUCGCCUGGAAAAGGAAGCACAGGACGCGCGGAGGGGGAUGUGGGAGCACGGCAUACAGGAGCUCCCGUCCGAGUACAAACGGCGAUACCGGGAAGGGCUUGCGGGUGAAGUGAGUCAGGUUUUGGAUGAAGAACAAGCGGCGGACGAAGGCAGCUCGGUUGGUCGGAGAGGCUGGCUGUCGAGGAUAUUCGGUCGAUGAGAUGCUUGGGCUUGAGCAGUUGAUGCGUGGAAGGGAUACAUAACACUUGCAUCUAUAUGAUACCAUCUCCUUGAUAUGUAGCGCAACUGC